AUGUCUCGGCUUGGCUUGCUGCUUCCCGUUCCGGACUUCGUGCACCUCGGUCUGAUCCUGCCUCUGCAAGGCUUUUGCCGGCUAGGGCCGACUCCUCCCGCAUCUGGCUUGGCGAGGUCGGGCAGCUUGACGUUGGUGCCAGACUAUGUCCUCAUGGGCUCGCCGCUCUCUCCCAGGAGUCUUGUUUGUUUUGGCCUAUCGACCUUGGUUUAUGGCGUGGCAUGGCUUGGUCUCACACCGCCGGCCUUGGACCACUGCAAUACCGGUUUUCUGCCAUCAUUGCGCAGCUCCUACUGCACGGGCCUUUCGCCUUUGCCCUCUGGCGUCGCAAGGCCUGGCCUCAGCUCAUUCGUUUUGGAUUUCGUCCUGUCCGAUUCCCCUCUGUUCCUGAGAAGUUCCAUGCGGCCUGGUCUUGCUCUCCUGGUUUUCGGACUGACUUGCUCGGGGCCUUUCCCUUUGGCCCCGGACUUUCUCCAUCUCGAAUUUGCAUUGCUUUCAAGGACUUUCUGUUGCAUGGGCCCUGCCACGUUCGUCUAUGGCCUGACUCGCAUGGGACUCUCCACCUCAGCCCCAGAUCCCGUAAAUCUUGGCUCGUUGGCUUCGGCUCGCACGCUUGCUCGACCUGGCCUUACGAUGCUGGUUUUCGGAGUUGCGUGCCCAGGCAGUCUGCCGUCCACAUCGGACUCUGCCAUGACGGGUUCUCUGCUGUCCCCGCAAGGCCUCUUCUGCCCUGGUAGUGCUCUCUUUGCUUAUGGCAUCAGCCGUCUGGGGCUGCCAACGCUUGUGCCAGACCUUGCUGAAACUGGCUUCGCAAUGCCGCUGCAUGGUUUCUUCCGUUGCGGCCUGACACUGCCGGCUUUCGGAAUCACGUGGUCAGAGUCCUCCUUGCCAGUACCCGACCCUGCACACCCAGAAAGCCUGUUGUCGCUGCACACGCACAUCCACAUUGGCUCCAGCCUCUCGGUGUUCGGCCUGGCUCGUUCGGGGUUGCUACUGCUGGUGCUGGACCCUGUCCAAGUCGAUCCGCUUCUGCUAACCCGUAGCUUUGCUCACCUUGAGCCUUCGCUGCCCCUCUCCGGCCUGUCUCAGCUAGGAUUCCCGAUGCCAACCCCGGACUCUGUCAGCCUCGAGAGUACUCCGUUCCUUCAAAGUUCUGUGCGACUUGGUCCUGCGCUGUCUGCCUAUGGCAUGAUGCGGCCUGGCAGUAUGCCACCUACCCCGGACUUUGUGCAUCCCGGCCCGACCUUGUUCUUGAGGACCUUUGCACGUGCAGGCCCUCUUCCGUCGGCAUAUGGCGUCUCUUGCCCUGGGCCGCUGCUGCCUGUUUUGGACCUUGUGGGUAUUGGCUCUUCCAUGCUCCCGCGAAGCAACAUCUGA